UGAAGAGCGUAUGAAAGAGACACAAGAGAUGCUUCUGAAAAGCCAACAAGUGUAUGGUCUCGAUCCUGGACUACGUUUGGUCAUUGGUGGUGUGCGCAUUAACAAUUUCAACGAUCGAAAUAAUCGCACUGAAACAAUCAUUCGAUUGACAUCGGGCCAAUACCAAGAUAUGAUAAAUUCAUCGCGACGGAACAAAUGGCGCAAAAAGUUGACAACUGAAAUCGAUGAAAAGAUGCGUCUACAUCGUGAGUCAUUUGAUGAGCAGCCUGGUCCACGAGCCGAAGACCAUAAAUCAUAUGCUGAUCAUAUUUUGCGUCAUUUUGAAGAAAAGUUCACAGCAUACACACAGUAUGAAUACGCUUUGCAAGCAUUUCUCCAGUACAUUGACACGAAUAGAGCACUUGAUGCAUAUGCAACCAAGCUCAUCGAUGGUAAGCAAACGUUCAUAUUUGUCGGUGAUCGUUUCAUUGCGGCAGAUUCACCAGCCCGAGGAUAUAUUCGAUCGAAGGUGCGAGAUUUGUUCGAGAAGUUGAAACGUCGCCGUAAAUGUACAGUGGUCGAGGUGGACGAAUUUCGGACGACCAAAUUAUGUUCGUUGUGCUUCCGUGAACUUGAAAAACCGACAAAAAGAGGCAAAGUAAAGGAGAAAUAUCGCUAUCUCACAUGCCAUGGAUGCGAACCAUUGUGUGGAGAAAAUGUGCUUGGAAAAGCCCAAGGUACGAUUGAAUCACGAAAAAGCAAUCGCAAAUUGACGCAGCAACGAAAACAUCGUCCCCGUACUGAUGGUCCACGUAUGGCAUCAAAAUUUCGUAAAUAUGAAGAGAAAACUCGAAUUGGGCGUACUAUCACCUGGAAUCGUGAUGCAAAUGCAGGUCGUAACAUUCUCUACAAAGGAUGGUGUGCUGUUAUGAAUAUAGAGCUACAUCCAGCAUUUCAACGGCAUGUUGAAGAAGAAGAAGAAAAUGCAGGAGGAGGAGAUCCACCGCCAGCACCACCAGCACCACCAGCACGAGCUCGACAAUCAAGACGAGCAGCAUCCAAUCAAAAUCAACAAACAACACAACGAACAUUGCGUUCUCAUCUGGAUCAAGCGCGGAGCUCUCGGCCGUAAGCCCUGGGUUUUGUGCGGGAUUUCAACGUGGUCCUACAAUUCGCUACAAUUAGUAAGUAUUUAAAUUUAAUCCUA